AUGCCGUCAAAGCGCGCUUGCGACUGCUGUAACAUCCGCAAGGUCAAAUGUAACGGCCAGCAACCGUGCCACCGUUGUUCGCAGCAUGAUCUGCAAUGCACUUACCUUCGCACACGCCGAAAGAGCGGUCCAAACCGUUUGAGACCCUCAUCACUAGCCAAGAUCGAGGAUCACCAGAGAUCGUCGUCAGCAUGCCACCUAGGACAACAACAACAACUUGAUUUUCCGAGUCCGAGUCCAUCAGCACUCGAUGCUUGGAUGCCUCCACCCCUUCCAGUGAAGGUCACGCUGUCGGCAUUAACACGCGUGCUACGCAUUUACCAAGACCACCUGUACGGAAUAUGGCCACUAUUGAAUGCAGAAGAGCUUAUCGCUCAGAUGGAGAGAAAUCCCCAUAAUCCGGAGACCCAUACACUGGCUGCUGCAAUCUGUGGAGCUACCUUGUCCCAUCUGAAUCAGACUGUCUACGAUGACUCUGAAUGCAACGACCCAAAUCUACCUCAAAUGCUAACGGCCGACUCAUUUGCUCAACAAGCGCGACGUUUGCGAGGGACCUUCGAUUACAUGGAGCAUGUCACUCUUAACUCUGUGCUCACUUCCUACUUUCUCCAUAUCUACUACGGGCGUCGGUCGGGGCGUGAGCAGACCGCCGCAUUUUAUAUUCGAGAAGCCAUUACUUUCGCCAACCUUUUGGACAUGCACAUCGAGACGACCUAUGUGCAACCACAAUGGACUCCCCGAGAGCGGCAGGUCAUGCGCAAAUUGUACUUCCUUCUCUUGAUGACGGAAAGGUUUUUGUGCAUUCGCUACGGACUACCUACCGUCUUGGAACCAAUUGCAUUGCCAUCGACAGACAACGAGGACUACCCAGACUUGGUAACAGGCUUCCUCAACCUCGUCACUUUGUUCCAUACCCCUGGCAGCGACUUCUUCAACAAAUGGACUGCACAAGGCACCAGCGUUUCCUUAAGCAGCAAGCAACUUCUCCUUAUACAGCGGGAGCUGGAACUCCCAACGGAAAUUCCGCAGUGUGCCAAUGAUAUCCAGAAAGUCGACAUCGUUGCCACGCAGCACUGGAUCCGCUCCCUGAUCUGGAAGUUGUCCAUCCAAUCUGGUUAUGUCGCCGCUCAGGCGCAACCGGGUCGCAGAGAGAUGAGUGUUUCAUAUCCGGUGCGGAUUGCACAGGAUGCUCUGGCCGGCUUGGAACUCCUCCCAAUCUCGGCUUUCGAAGUUCAUGGACCAGGUAUGGAAACUAAAAUAUACGAAAUCACGGACGCGCUAGCGGAUUCCAUACUAUGCCAGGAGCCGGUUGAAGAUUCAUCUGGAAUGGUAGUGGGACCACGCGAGACCCUCCAGGCUCUAAGCAAUCUGCUGUUCUCGACUGCCGCCACGAACUCAGAGCUGCGCAGUACACUUACACAAAAGCUUGACCGAGUUUUUGAAUUAACUUCAAUACCACCAGUGGUGGAAAAUGAAGCAGACCCCGUGGAUGACUCUGUCAUUUUCCAAAAUGAAAACGAUAAUUGCCUUCCGAUUGAAUUUUCGCCUCUUUUAACUGCAGAUUUUGCGGCGCUCAUUUCGUGUAGCGGAGACAACAUUUUCCCUGUGGAGUGA